UAAAAGUUUCAUCUCUUCUCUUCCUAUCACAUUCUCUCAACAUGCAGCUCACAUGUCAUAUAUAUAUAUAUAUAUGUUCUGCCCACAUAUCAUCUUCCUUUGUAAGUAGGGACUUGAUCAAGCGGUAUAAUCUUUUCAGCUAGCUAGAACUUUUUGAGGUAUCAGUACCAGCUCUCGUAUGGUCAAACGAAAUCCGGAGUCGUCACUAUCAUCGGUGCUGAUUAAGCUGAUCAAAUGAUGAAUGUCAACUCCAAAAGCAACACUAACUUAUUAUCAAAUCAGGGGCCUAUUGUAAAGUGGAUGUGCUCUGCCGGCUGUCUAGUUAAUGUCUUUGCGAGCAGUGUCCAUGUCAUGGCUCCCCUCCGUCUAGCUGAUCAAAUGAUGAAUGUCAACUCCAAAAGCAACACUAGUUAUUUGCAUGAGAAUGGUAAGAGUUGCUUGUUUGUCCGUUGGAUUGAAAGGCAGGAAAUGGACUUCUUGAAUGGCAGCACGUGCGUAUUCAUGAAAAUUAUUGUGUUAUUUAAGAUGAGCAUUAAGAUUCUUGUUGACUGUGAGCUUGUUCAAGGUCACAGUUCCUGUCUUGUCACUGCAAAGGACGUCCAUUACAGCCAUCUUCUCAAUAGAUGUCAUCCUUUAAGUAAUAGCAUCCUACAAAGAAGGAAAAAAGUAAAGCUAGUCCAAGAGGCUGAAAAAACAUCAUCAUAUGAGAGCAAGCGUUUUUAUAAGGACGUCCAUUACAGCCAUCUUCUCAAUAGAUGUCAUCCUUUAAGUAAUAGCAUCCUACAAAGAAGGAAAAAAGUAAAGCUAGUCCAAGAGGCUGAAAAAACAUCAUCAUAUGAGAGCAAGCGUUUUUAUAAGACAUCAUCUAAGCCUCGAGAAUAUGAGUUCCAUGUUUAGUCUCUAUAAGGAAAGUGGCAUUGCACAAUCCGACGGAAUGGUCAAUAUUUCUCAUUAACAUCACAGUUUUGUUUGCGUCAGGUGUACUAGGUUAAAGACGAUGAAAGCUGAUCAAAUGAUGAGUGUCAACACCAAAAGCAACACUACUAGCAGCUUAUUAUCGAUGAGGGGCCCACUGGUGGUGGGCGGUUCUCUAGUGCAAAGUCCAAGUGCUCGUUCGACUGUCUCACUAGCUGAUCGAUCAUAUGAUGAAGGUAGCUAGGUUGAUGGCGAAGCUUUGGUGGUGGGCGGUUCUCUAGUACAAAGAACUAAGGAGUACAAUUGAUCACAUGCACGAAUGAUGUUACGCUGCUUACACACUUUUAACAACAUAUGCUAAUUAAAAAAUCAGAUUGUAUGCUUGAAGUACGUAAUAAAAUAGUCGUUACAGAUUGUAUGUACUCUUUGAGCCGCGUAAAUCAGAUUGUAUGCUAUAAGAGCACCCAGGUGGUCAAGUACUAUGUUGCACGGAUACGGAUACGCCGAUACGCGGAUACGCGGAUACGGGUACGGCGAUACGACACUUUCAAAAAUUA